ACAACUAGCUUAUGCUUUUGUUUUUACAUCGCAGCGCCUAUCCCUCCAAUGCGAUACACCAAGAGGUGUGUAGAUCGUUUGAAACUCCAAGACACUGCAAACAUACUUACUGUCAAGAUAGUCUCCUCGGAUAAAGGCUUCCCAAUCGAUGUGUAUGGCACUAUCAUCGCUAGAGACAGCAUCGACCACAAGUGCAUGUACCUCUUUAACCGCACCGGGGACAAUUGCCAACCUAUCAAGUCAAGGGAUGAAAAUUUGAUCUUAACUGGCCCAGGUCGAGAUCUGGUAUUACUUGAUUUCAUAUAUCUGGAGAUAGAUCUUAAAAUCAAGGUUGGUGAAGAGCCUCUAAGCGAGCAAAUCAGCAAGGGUUUGCUUAUGAUUGAUGGACGAGUUCUGCCUAGAGACGAAAAGGUUGCUGUUGCACAUCAAACUCUUGAGAGCUGGUUUAGUGUUGUGGACGUGAGGUAUGCAACUCUUCUUAAUGCUAUCGAGGGUACGUUCGAGAUCAAGUUACUCGAGGGAAGUUUUUGUGGAAAGAUCGUGGCUGGCAUAGAGGGCAUUGAGCCUAGGAUUUCCCUGGUGGUGCUGCUGCUGCUACUAGAGAAUGGGAAGUUGAAUUCACACCAUGACACCGUGGUGAAGAGAAAAGGGAGAUCUCUUGUGAUCUGGUGGCAGCUGACUGUGGGGGUGAAAAACAUGGGAAGUAACACUGGAGGUGUUUCUGAUCCCCAUGCAUUUAACCUCUAUUCUAUCAAGCGGAUUGGGGACGAGCUUUCACACCAACUUGAGGCGGUGCCGAUGAAGUUGAUGCUACGUGAUGCUGAAGUGCUGAACUGGGGAGCUGCUGGCGAGGUGGUGCAAUACCAGUCUUUCUGA